GCGGGCGCUGUUGGCCAGAAGGUUCGGUUGCGCGUGUGCCAUGGACUCAGCCGCCCGGUGAUAUUGACAAUAGGAGAGAGAAAGGGGCAUUGACUGGGACCCACCGCGGGUACCAAAGGGCGGCUCUGGCAGCGGCGGCUCCAGCUCCAGCGGCUCCUCCUCCUUCUCCUUCCUUCUCCUGCUGCCGCUGCGGAUCCAGUCUUCCUCCCUCCCUUCCCCCCCUCCCCACGUCGUCGCCGUCGCCGCCGGGUCCGGGGCAACGAGCAGAGGCGCCGCCCGCCGGGAAUGUGAGCGAGGAGCCACCGGCUGAGCCGCUACGGGGUCGGUGCCGAUUUGAUGGGACGGGCCCGCGGGGGAGGAUCGUGAGGCCGCCGCCGCCGCCGCCGGAGCGCUGAGGUUCAGGUCCGGCCGUGAGGCCUAGAGGCGCCGCCGCCGCGGAACCGGAGGGACGCCGCGCCGGACAGCCGUCGCCCCGGGCUCCCUGCCGCUGUCCGGACCUCCCCCCGCACGUCCCGGUCCCGCCACCCGCCCCCGCUGCGGCCCUCUCGCAGGUCUCCCGCCCCUCGAAACCACAGAUCAUCUUCGGAUUCUUCCCCAGAAGCUUCAAGUAGGGAUAUGUCCUCAGCACCAACUACUCCUCCAUCAGUGGAUAAAGUAGACGGAUUUUCUCGGAAGUCCGUCAGAAAAGCCAGACAGAAGAGGUCGCAAAGUUCCUCACAGUUUAGGUCUCAAGGCAAGCCUAUUGAGUUAACACCUCUGCCGCUGCUAAAAGGUAAGGCUCGUGACCAGGUGAUGGAUUCCUUUCCAGUUGAUCUUUUUGUAUCCAUAUAUAUAAUUUUCUUUUCGUGGUAUUUCAUAUUUGUUAAAGUUAUGUGUUGCACAUUGAAGGGAUGGGAGAUUUCAGACACGUUGAAGUUACAGCCUUUUGUGUCUUGCAAUAUAUUCAGAACUCUCCCUCCUAGUGACAGCAAUGAAUUUGAUCCAGAAGAAGAUGAACCUACCCUUGAGGCAUCAUGGCCACACUUACAGCUUGUAUAUGAAUUUUUCAUACGAUUUUUGGAAAGCCAAGAAUUCCAACCCAGCAUUGCCAAAAAAUACAUAGAUCAGAAAUUUGUAUUACAGCUUUUGGAGCUAUUUGACAGCGAAGACCCUCGGGAACGGGACUACUUAAAAACAGUCUUACACAGAAUUUAUGGCAAAUUUCUUGGUCUUAGAGCAUUUAUCCGAAAACAGAUUAACAAUAUUUUUCUAAGGUUUGUUUAUGAAACAGAACACUUCAAUGGUGUAGCCGAACUGCUGGAAAUAUUAGGAAGUAUUAUCAAUGGCUUUGCUUUACCUCUUAAGGCAGAACACAAACAGUUUCUGGUGAAAGUGUUGAUCCCUUUACACACUGUCAGGAGCCUAUCACUCUUCCAUGCCCAGCUGGCAUAUUGCAUAGUACAGUUUCUGGAGAAAGAUCCUUCACUCACAGAACCAGUUAUUAGGGGGUUAAUGAAAUUUUGGCCUAAAACAUGUAGUCAAAAAGAGGUCAUGUUCCUUGGGGAGCUGGAAGAAAUAUUGGAUGUGAUCGAACCCUCCCAGUUUGUUAAAAUCCAAGAACCUUUGUUUAAACAAAUUGCCAAAUGUGUAUCUAGCCCCCAUUUUCAGGUGGCAGAAAGGGCACUGUAUUAUUGGAAUAAUGAAUACAUCAUGAGUUUGAUAGAAGAAAACUCGAAUGUCAUCCUUCCCAUCAUGUUUUCCAGUCUUUAUAGGAUUUCAAAAGAACAUUGGAAUCCGGCUAUCGUGGCGCUAGUGUAUAAUGUGUUGAAGGCAUUUAUGGAGAUGAACAGCACCAUGUUUGAUGAGCUGACAGCCACAUACAAGUCAGAUCGUCAGCGUGAGAAAAAGAAAGAAAAGGAACGUGAAGAAUUGUGGAAAAAACUGGAGGAUCUGGAAUUAAAGAGAGGUCUUAGACGUGAUGGCAUAAUUCCAACUUAACAGAAAUAACGACAGCAGCAUCACUAACCUGUGGAGUCACACAUUUAUGUAGUAGAAGAUGGGAGGAACAGUUUUCUGUAUUGUGCACCUUUGCAGUAGAUUUCACAUUUGUUUCAUUAUUACAACAGCACUGUAUAUACCUGUCUCUAAGUAAAGGAAAAAAAAAAAAAAGGACUUCAGUCCAAAGUUUGGACAGUAGAUGGACUUCUCAGAACUUUGCAAACAUAAUCAUUGUUCUAACCCUCUUUAAAAAAAAAACACAAAAAAACACAAAAAAACAAAAAACAGUCUUCAGAGAUCUGUUGAUGAAAUUGCUAUGUUAAAAUUCUAUUAUCAGGAGUUCCUUAUUUAUCCUUAGCAGAGAGUAUGAAACAAUUUUCAAAUGUGAACAAUCUUAAAUUUAGCUUGUCUUUCUGCUAAGCUGUUAAAUGUAUUUAUAGUAAUGGAAGAAAAAAAAAACUGUCAUUUCCUUAUCAGUUUGUAUAACAUCCUCCUCUGGAUAACUUGACUGUAAUUUAACAUCUUUUCCUUUUGCACAUCUUCAUGAGUUGAAUGUCCAUGUGGAAGGGGACCAUGAAUUGUGAAGGUCCCUGGUAAAAGUUUUGUUUACUGGAGUGAACAUCUUUCCAGUAACCAGGUAGUCCUGGUACUCCUUUAGUUUUAAAAUUAGGAGUAAGAGAGAAGAGGUGAUAAACAUAGUAGGGAAGGGAAUUUUGGGUUCAUGCAUCCAGUUUAUGGUGGAUCCAAAUCAAUGUCUUGAAUCCUUUGAAAACAGGUACUGGGACAUCAUAGGCUUCAGUACCUGACCAGUAUUAGUUGCAUCCAUCAUUGAACACACAUACCAGAGAUGUUUGAGAAAUGUCAGAAAACAUCCUUGUGGACCAUUUUGUAAUAAGAAAGACAAACACUAAACAGUACAACCAUGAGAUCGAUCACCAGGAUUGUGAAUCUAAUUGGGAAGAGAGUUGAGCAAACAGCUUGGACUGUUUGGAGUUGUUGCCUUACUUUUUAAUAUGUAUUUAUAAAGUAUUCCAGCAAAAGAGGAUGUAGCCUCUGGGAAAAAACAAACAUAUUACAGUGUUUUUUGUAGAUUCUCGUUCUAUAUCUCAUCAUAGCGCCAGCCCUGUUUUUAGCCAGAAAGGAUUCAGGAUAAACAUUAUUAUGCAUUCUGAAUUGGAUGCAUAUUCCUAACUACUGUAUUUGUUACCAAAAGUGGUUCUACAAAUGCUACUGAAAAAAAAAAAUCUGGAAAUCCCUAAUGUCCUGAGUAUUAAUAAUAAAGUUUAAAAAUGCUUUUAUAUCAAAGGUGCAUUGUGACCAAAUUGUUUAAGAAAAAAACAAAAACAAAAUUUAGGGCUGUAUUAUAGAUCUAUACCUUAUUGGCUCUCUGCUUUGUAUUUAAAAGAGGAAUCUUACUACAUCUUGGGGAGAUAAGAUGCUGAUGAAAUUUGUGUCCAGUAUGUACUUAACCCGAUGCGGUUGCAUUAUUAUGUACUGAAAGAUACGUGUUUUGGAAUUUAUUUUCAGGAUGCUUUUGCUUGUUAUGGACGUGGCAGCAGUGAGUUGAUAAUCCUAAACCUUCACCUCCAGCAGUAUUCGUGGCAUAGGGCUGAUUCUGUGUUCAUGUAUUGAAUUGUGAUAGUAGGAAACAUGAACAUAUGAAAUGUUGUUGCUCUUAAUAGAAAUAUAAUAUCAAUAUGGACUUGUAUAUUUUCUUCCUUCCACUUAAAUAUAAAGUAGAAUAUGCAGUUUUAUCGUUUCCAAGAAAAAAAGGAAAAUAAAAGCCGCUGACCUUUCUCCCCUAUUAAGUGUUUCAGGAUUAUCAGGUCACAGUUUGUGCGUAAAAAAGUCUGCUAAUUAUGGAUAUUGUCAUCUCAGUAACUUUGUAAAACAAAAACAAAACUUGGCUAUGUUAAUUCUGAAAAAGAAACAGCAGUAAAAGAGUCAUAUGCAACACCCAACACAACAUGGUUUAAUUGAAUGAAGAUUUUUUUUUUUUUUUUUUUUUUUUAAAGAACAUUAAUGGGGAUUCAAUGUAAAGCUGGCAGAGGCUGCUGAAAUGAAACAACUUACUUUAAAAGUGCUGGAGCAAAGGUGCAAGUUCAAACACUAAAGAUAAAAAAUAAAUUUGUAACAAAUCAUCUCCUUUAGCUCUUUUGAUUUGAGCCCCGUUAGUUUUGAGUCUGCAUUACAUUUGUUUUUGACAGUAUAAACUUGUUUGCCAUUAAUUCAUCUUUUUAGAUAGAGGACAUUUAAAAUCCCUGGUUCAUGAACUCUCUGCCCAUUACAACGAAAUGCAGUCAUUUGCGAUGAGAAAAACGAGGAUCCUGUCGUGCACCUCUCCCUGCCUCCGAGCAAAGGUGAGGACUGCACAGAUACCCUUGAUGUUAAAUCUGGACGUUGACCAUUCCAAACUGAGAAGAACAAAGCCGAAUUUUAGACAUAUGUACAGAAGCAAUUAUAAAUUUAUGUCUAAAAUGUAUAGGGCAACUUCUGAGAAGAAACGCUGUCUUUCCUUUUUUAAACCGAAAGUGACAAUGUGACAUCUGUCAUGUUGUGUCCGGUGGCGCAGAGUAACCGAGGUGACCUGACUGUUGCACUCUGUGACAUAGUUAAGGCCGUACUUGCUGCAUUCACAGCAGCCCCCUCUCUCUGUCCUUUCCCACAUUUCUGCUGUUGUUGCAGCCUGACUUAAUUGUGACAAAUGCAUCUUUGUGUUCUAUUUUGUUGGCUUCAUAAUUUCCAGAACUAUAUAUAAAUAUAUUUUUUAAAUAGCAAAUAUUGUAGUUAGUGAGUGACGAUCACUCCAGCCUCAUCCCUACCAUAUUGGUUUCAGGGAUAGGAUAAAGAGUGUCUUUGGAAGAAAAAAAAAAAAACAAAAAACAAAAAACGAAAUCAAA